CUUUUUCUGGUAGAUAACUGUGCAGACGAAUGGCGGAUAGCAAUGACGUGGUCGCGGGUCGCCCUAAUCACAGCGGAGCUGGUCAUCUGCGCAGUUCACCCUAUUCCUGGUCAUUAUACCUUUACUUGGGUUACACAAUGGGCCUUCACUCACGAAGAACGCGAGGCCGAGGCCGACGUCGAUAUUUUCCUAUCCAUACCCAUGUUUUUACGCCUCUAUCUAAUUUGCAGAGUUAUGUUAUUACACAGUAAGUUAUUCACCGACGCCUCAUCGCGUUCUAUUGGCGCCCUCAACCGAAUUAACUUCAACACUCGAUUCGUCAUGAAAACACUGAUGACGAUAUGUCCCGGUACAGUUCUCCUUGUAGUAACUAUCACUCUUUGGAUCCUCGCCAGCUGGAUCAUGCACGUGUGUGAAAGAUACCAUGAUAAAGACAACAGUGAGAUCCUCAAUGCCAUGUGGAUCGUAUCCAUUACAUUCCUAUCCAUAGGCUACGGUGAUAUGGUACCCAAUACAUACUGCGGGAGAGGGGUGGCCGUCAUCACUGGUAUAAUGGGAGCGGGUUGCACGGCUCUUGUUGUAGCAGUCUUGGCGACAAAGUUAGAGCUGAGCAGAGCAGAAAAACACGUCCAUAAUUUCAUGAUGGAUAAUCAACUUACUAAACGAUUAAAGAAUGCAGCUGCAAAUGUAUUGAGAGAAACCUGGUUGAUCUACAAAUACACCAAACUAGUCAAACACUCAAGCACAAGAAGAAUUAGAAAACACCAAAGAAAAUUUUUAAAUGCGAUUCAUAAAUUAAGAAAAACAAAAAUGGAUCAGCGAAAGUUAGCUGACGAAGCAAGCACUGUCGUUGAUAUGGCGAAGACACAAAACGUCAUGUUCGAGAUGAUAUCAGAUAUGCAUACGGGGAAAGCCGAAUUGGAGGACAGGGUUAGUCGUCUUGAGCGAAGACUAGAUCAACUACAGACCUCCCUCGAUGGUUUGCCUCAGGUCAUGUCAGCUCUCAUGCAAAACGCUCAACUUCUUCAACAGCAGACACAGCUCCUCUCCUCUCAGCAAUAUCUAGCGCCCCCUUCGCCCAACCUCAUCCAGCCGACAAUGCAAGACAACCGCUUCAACCAGCUACAAUGUCUUGACAAUGACCUCACAACCAAUAACCAUCACGCCGCAAUGAACUCGACGCGUAAUUCCGCAGGGAUGCGGCUGCGACCGCUCCAUUCGUUACCCAUGCAGUUCCCGUCGAACGAAGAACCGCGACGAGACGAUACCGUCAGGGCAUUCAGCAUACCGGAUGUCAGUAUAUCAAAAGAAGGAAACCGCGGACCUUGAUAGUGGUUAUCAUGAACUCGUGAGUGCGCGUGAAAUGUAUGGAGAAAGAGUGUAUGUGUGUAGUGUGUGUGAGAGGGAGAGAGUACGAGGAAGAUAGAGUCGUGAAGCUUGGCUUCCACAUAUCUUAAGUGACUUCCUGAGAUGCUCCAAAGAUGGCGGAUGGCCUGGUCACAAGAUACCUCUGAAAUCCAUGUAUCAAACAUAGAAAACAUGCACCAACGCAAUGGCCGCACCCUGAUGAGCGCAUUGAGCCGCGCGGUUGCCUGACAUAAUGGAGUGGUCAGAGUAAUAGACUACUAGUAUUAGCGCCAGUUGAAUUACGCUCUAUGAUUUAGCAUAAUAUGGCAAACCAGGAUCAAGUGGCCAUGCCAGAUGAUCGGCCCAUUAACCCUCUUGUCAUCAAUGCUUUGGCACACAUAGAUAUCGAUGAGAGCCCAACUUUCAGUAUUCUAUACUUGUCAGUACAGAUUGAUGGAAACCAACACUUACUUGAGGAAAAGGGCAAAGAUCCGAACAAUUAGUAGGUACGAUGAUGCAUUCCAAAGACAAUAGCUGAAGCCAGUCGUUGCCGCACCUUUAUAAGAACAAGAAGCUCGUUGUUAUAUCGGCGGAUAAAAAGAUGUCCGCAACCGAUGCAAGAAGUGCCGCCAUGCAAAAGGGCUGUCAGUGAAUAUAAGUACCUGACGUAGAGGGCGAUAUUCUCUUCAGGAGAUCUAACUAUAAGUCCUUCUCUUACUGAAAUUAUAGGAAUUAAUUUUAUCUAUAUAAAGGUAGCCUUUCCAAAUGCAAAGUGUUAACUACCUGUUUUAAAACAUGUUUUUAUCCUCAAAAUUAAUGUAGAUGUUUUUUUUUAUUCCAAUAUUUUUAAUAUUCUGAUGACGGUACAUUCUCACAUUUGGAAUAAAUAUCAAAUUUGCAUCAAAACUGCUUUUCUAUAGUUAAAAAGGUAAUCUAGUAAAUGUAUGGGGCUCUGAUAUAUAGAUUAUCAUAGCCACUCAAAUUAUAACCACCUUGGUAUCGAUUGUAACGGUCUAUAAUCGAAUAAUAGAUUCGAUCGCCAGGGAUAUAUAUACUCGUUUGUAACCGCACUCAACUUCCUAUGCAUUAUUGCCCGUGAAGCGUUCCAUAGUCACGGAUGGCAAAGUGGUGAACAUGUAUUGGGAAAUGUUAUUACAAGUUAUCAAUAUUCACUUAUUUAGUGCUGCUUUAUACUUUUCCUCGGAAUAUACGGGUCGAUAGAACUAUAAGGUGUGUUUCGUACUCAUCAUAAUUAUAUACACAUAGCUUCAAUAUAAUGUCUAGAAAAUAGUCACAUUUUGCUACUAUCAUCUCUUUAUAAACAACAGCGAGAUAUAUUAUAAUAAAUGUGCUUUAUAAUCGAAGUCAAAUACUUUUUUCAGCUAAGGGAAUUAGAGUGCAGUGAUAUUUUCUAUCAUUUUUUUUUUCUUAGUCCAUUAGGUAAGAUUUUUAUAUUUUACUGGGUUUCGGGGAGUUUUACUUUUUAAUUUAUCUGGAUCACCUUUUCGUAUUUUGUUAAAGUUUUGGUGUAUCGACAGAAGUUUGAGUAACAUUGACCCAAUAUUAAGAUUUUAAAGAAAGAACAUGCACACUCGUUAGGUAAGAUUUUACACAGAAUGUGAAUUUCAUUGGUGAAUUUUCACGGAGCCUUGCAUCAAAUUAACCAAAUUUUGAUAAUUCAAUUUCACAACAAACAUCUUUCACAACUUUUAUUUUUAAUAUGGAUUUUUAGCGUAACCCCAAAUUGAUGUGAAAGUAAUUUCAUAGCAAUUGUUUAAUUUACGACGAACUUGUUAUCCCUACUAAAAACCAAAAAAAAUCCUUCCUUUUCCAUUCUGUAUUUAAGUAUAUUUUUAUAUAUAAAUUGUUCUUACUUGAACCAUGUUUGGAACAGAUACCUGCUAUAUGUUUUAAAUCAUAUUUGUCAUAAUUUUGAAGAGACAAUUGUCUUUAUUUGAAAAAAAAGGUACAACAUCGUAAUUCAAUAUUGUACAAAAUGAUAUUUUUUCAAUUAUUCGAAAUCAGUAACACAAGGUAAACCGUCCAAUCCAUCAAUGUUUAUAAUUAUAAAAAAAACUUUUAAUUAUUGUUUUAUGAUGGUUAUGUUGUCAAAGUAAAAAGAAUAUUUUUUGUGUUAUGGGGGUUGUUUUAAAGAAAAAGUAUUUUCCGUUUCUUAUUAGUUUUCUGUCGAAGUUCAUUCGAUGUCAUUCUAUUUCGCUUUGUGAGAAAAAAAAAUCUGAACAGAAAGGUAAAUUUCUUGCAAACUCUGUUAGGACGUUAUCGCUAAUGAGCCCUCAACAUGUGCACUGCACUAACUCACACACAAUAGCACGCCCUUUACGACAGUUAUAUUGAUACUCCUUACGCGUAUUUAACUUAAACGUACCCCCAAUGAAUGAAGAGCACGAUUUAAAUAAUCGGCUAAUUAAUGUAAUGCAAGAAAAAAAUAUGAAUAAUCAACAAGAUAGUAGAAUAAUCUCAUAGGAAUGCAAAAAUAAAUUUAAAAAAAUAAUGAUUAUGCCUCUAAAAUGACGCACAAAGCAUAAAUAGAUCCGAAGAAUAUAAUUCAUAAUAUAUAUAUAAAUCAAAGCACCCUUGAUCAUUUUUGGCUGGUAUUGAAUGAUGAUUUUACAUCAUGAUAUGCCAGCUAUGAUUGUGAAAGGUGAGGAUAGUAAAGGGGUCGAUAGUUUCGUAUUAAUGUCUUAUUUUUAUCUAAAAAACAAUCUUAAUUUCAUUUGAAAAAAAAAAACCUGCACAUGCUACUCUGUUGUUUCAUUGUGUACGGCAUCAUCACGUGAAUGGUUUAUGAGGCUGGUACAAUUGCUGUGGAUAUAAUUAUGUUUCAUUCUGUUACCUUUCAUAUAACAGUCAACUUGGGUGGCAUGAAAUUUUGGGCUUAUAGAAAUAUAGACUAUAUGAGCCCGACUCAGAAAAAAAUAAAAAUAACAACAAGACAAUAUAUCAGGUAUUAAGGGUAUGCUUCUAGACUAUGGUAUUAUUUAGCUACCAGGAAGACUUAAGUAGCCUAUGUAACCCACAUGCAUGCUUACUCCUCUUGAUUUAAGGUGAUUGAUUAAAAAAAUCACAUUUUGCUAUGCAAAGAUCUCACAUGAUUCGAAAAAUUGACCCUGACCUCCAUUAUGAAAAGAAAACCCACUGUGACACACAGUGUAUUCACAGUGUGGAAAACAGUAUGGAAUCCUCUUCACACUAUUAAAAAAGUUCCUC